UAUUAGACGUUCAGGGAGUGAAGUUCGAUUAGCGAAGUUUAUCCCGAACUUCAUGUUCGACAAAGGAAUCUGAGAGAUGAUAUCCCCCGCGCAUCCCCACAUUAUUUUGACCAUUCCCACCGUGUAGCUUCGGAAGUUCAGUUCAGUCCUUGAUGACACAGAAUCGCUGCAAUUCAAGUUUUUUUCAGUCGUGCUGAAGUUGAGUAAUCAAGUGUUCAUCAACAAAAGUUGUAUUUUGAUUCAAUCGUAAUAGGACCUCCAAAAAUCACGCCCGCCGUGAUCGGAAAUCCUCUGCACCUGGUUUGUUUCAGCUCCUGUACGAUGCUAAUCUUGUUCAAUAACCAUUUUUGCGCGUCUUCUUUAUUUUCGUUGUUGCUAAAGUGAAGUAAGUAAGUAGUGUGUGCUGCAGAACUUGCGAGUGUAAUGACAUUGUGUUACCCGCGGCCGAGAAAACACUCAUUCUAACAUUAUUUUUAACGAACACGUACUUAUGUCGCAUCGAAUAUGAUUUCAAGUAGUUGUCAAGCUCAAGAUAGGCUGCCUUGAUAAAAUUAUCUCUGUCCACGAACAUCUAAAGUGUUUUUCAUCUUGAAACACCUCUUCUCGUUUCCAGUGUUUAAUGAGAUAGCUGUGCGGUGUAAGAAGCAUCCAUAGCAUCUUAUAUUAAAUAGUGCAACUUCAAAGAAUUUCAUCAAGUAGUUUUAUCAUUUUAGUGUUUAAUUAUAUUCUCAAAAUGUGCACAGCGUUCAGCAUAAACGACACCGAUCCUUUUGUGAUGAGCUCAUUCGCAGACUUCUUUCAAACGGCAUCAUUUUCCUCGGUUUGGAAUCUGGUCAGUCAAUCUUUUGACUAUCAGCCAUGGAUUUUAUCAGUGAUCGCGUCCUUCAUCGUCGGUUUAAGUGGAAUCUUCCCUCUUCUCGUUAUCCCAAUAGAAGACAGCGAAUCCUUGAAAACAGGAGCGAGUGCGAAAACACUGAAGGUCCUGUUGAGUUUUGCGGUCGGCGGACUUCUGGGCGAUGUCUUCCUUCAUUUGCUACCCGAAGCUUGGAGCAACUCCGGCAAACAAUCAGCAAGGAGUAAUCCGUCGAUGUUUUGCGGCCUUUGGGUUCUCACCGGAAUGCUGGUAUUCAUCGUUAUGGAAAAAGCGUUUGCCGGUCAGCAAGACAGCAGUCCUAUGCUUGUGAAGCAGGUUGAGCCCUCCAAAACGACUAUCUGCUCCGAUGACAAUGCCAACAAGGCUUUUGUGAAAACUCCAUCUACGAUUCAGAUAAGUGGGUACCUGAAUUUAGCAGCCAAUUGUAUCGACAACUUUACCCAUGGUCUCGCAGUUGGUGGCAGUUUUCUCCUCUCAGCCAGAGUUGGUUGCUUGACUACUUUUGCAAUUCUAGUCCAUGAAAUUCCCCAUGAAGUAGGUGACUUUGCCAUUUUAUUGAGAUCUGGUUUCACCAGGUGGGAAGCAGCGUAUAUGCAACUUUACACUGCCUCUGCAGGUGUGGUUGGUGCCAUGACUGCCAUUGUGUUUAGCGGCUCAUCAAAUUCCAUCGAGGCAAAAACUUCCUGGAUCUUGCCAUUCACAGCUGGAGGAUUUCUUCAUAUUGCACUUGUUUCAAUCUUGCCAGAGUUACAGCAAGAGAAAAACACCCGAGAGUCGCUGAAGCAAAUGGUCUCCUUAGGCGCUGGGAUCACCGUAAUGGCAAUUUUGACUUUUAUGAUAGAAUAAGUUAAACCAUUGACCAGUGAAUUAUUAAAUUACCUUAUCGGGUUACCUUCUGCUGUUACUCCAAAUGGACCUGUGUCCAUUUUUGUGCCAUUCUGAGAGUCAAUUUUCAUGUGAUGUCCUUUUUAUGAGAAAUCGAUGAAAUGGUGCUAAUACAGGGACUUAUUCGUCUUCAGAUGUAUUAUUAUCAUGGGUCUUUUUUUAAUAAUUUUUCAGUUCAAUGUCUUCUGCUCAUCCUUUUUUUUUUUUUUUUUUUUUUUUUUUCAAGAAAAAACAUUAGGCGGCCAUAAAUUUAGUCCACAAUUUUUAGGUCAAACUGCUAUAAUUUCUGGUAUUGCUCACUCUCUCAUUAGAAAUAGCUUAGCAAGCCUGCCAAAAUUUCAAGCUGAUCACCGGCUACCAUAAUUCUGAACAUCGUCACCUUUUUUUUCCGGAAACACAAUUUUGGGAAACAGGGUAGACUCCUGCUCCUAUUGUAGGAUGUGAAUAUUUGAUAGAUUAUGCAUUUGUCCUGCAGAAAUUAUCAGUAGACUGUAAUCAGGCCAUUCAAGUUUUUAAUCCCUCUUAGCCAUUUUUCAGUCUUUGUUAGCCUUCGCUCCAGAGGGUUCUCAAAAGUAUUCAAACUGUGAUACCACAAAUAACUUUUAUUUUUUUUAUUACUAAAAUCUGUAUUUUUAAUCUUGUAGAGUUAUAUAUUGGUUCAGAGCAGAGAAGAAUAUGUACGAUCCUCUAAGCUGGUAGUGAUAAGCAUCUUUUAGCAAUAAGGUUUUAAUUCUUGUCAAGCAUCAAAUAAUUCUCAUAGGUUUAUACGGAGAUUUACUUAGAAAUUUUGUGAAUACCAUCACCUGCAAAUGACAAUGCAAGUAUAAAUUUCCGCCUAACUGUUACAUAACUUUAGUUCAUUAUUUUAUCCGUGCCAAAAAAUGUUGACGUUUUUGAACAUGUGCUCUAAACGAUAUCACAAGAAUGUAACUUGAACUGAAAGGAAAUUUAAUUUAAAACCAGAGAAUACUUAAUAUCAAUGACACUGCUGAUUUCUGCUCUGAUGGAAAGGAAAGCAAUGAAUAUGACAUCUCACUUAUUUGAAUGACAAAUUGCAAUUGUAAAUGGUGGAAGUUAUCAUCAAUUAGCUUUAAUUGGCGUUAGUCUCCACAGUCCAACACUACUUCAGUAAGCCAGUCAAUUUUAUCACAAACCUGCAUUAAUCUCUGAAUCAUCAAGGGAACUUCGCCUAGCUCUUGGAUCCUAACUCCAUAUAGUCAGAGUCCAUGGAUCAAAUUUAAGGGAGUUAGUAAAUGAUGAUGCUGAAGGUUCACAUUUCCCUUUAUUGUUAAAGUAUAUAAUUAACCUGUAAGAUUUGUUUAUUAACUUAAAAUCCUCAGACAGAGAAAUGAACGAUUUUUCCAAUGACUUCUGACGAACUUCAUUAUUGAUUGCUUAUCUUGUGUUUUUAUCAGCAAAAAUUUUAAAGUCUCUGUUCCUCGUGUUAGUAUGUACUAUUUUCCAAUUGUUUUAGUUCAGAAUUGCACGGUAUUUUAAUUGCUAUCCAUGUAACUUUUAAUGUAUUUCUUAGUAUAAGGAACUGAUUUUGGGUAAAUCAACUCAACACAAUUCGUUCACAUUCCUCGGAGUGUGUUUAGACAGGAGCUCUAGAUAGUCCCAAGUAAGGCUCAGAAUUAUUUCUUCUAAAAAUGAAUAGAAAGAAACUUCAGUUUACCUUUCUCAUCUAUACUUUCGAUUCUCAUCUGUAGUAAUGGGUUACUUGCUCCAAUUUGAUCUCGUAAAAAAUUUGAGUUUAUACUAGAGCUGUGCAGGCAAAGAACUUAAAUUUCAAUUAAAAUUUGAGUAUAAAUAAAUGAAAUGAUUAUGAUUAAAAAGCAAUGAGCACCUGUAAUAAUGACGCAAAUCUGAACAAAUGCAACAGGAAGUUCAAAUUCAAAAUAUUCUAAAAAUCAAUCACGAUAAAUUUUUAAAUUAAAUAUGAUUUUGAUAAAAAAAAUGAAUGCGGCUACGAUUAAAUUUCAUAUAGAUUCAUACAAUUUCAAACAGCUCUGGUUGAAAAAUAUUUUUGAAGUUUUCUUUCUCCCUAAUUUUUUCUUUUAAAUCACAGUUUCUGGAAAUUCGUUUUAAAAUUCCAUCACUUCGGCAAAAAAUUGUCCAUUGAAGAGAGUGUCCAAGUUAAAUUGUCUUUUCUCCGCAUUGUCAUAAUUUCAAUUCAUCCCAAUUCAGCCAAUUUUGUGUUGUAACGGGCCAAAUACAACACUCAAAUAAUCUGUGUUGUGUUGAUUUACUUUUUACUUAAGACUGGUUUUUUCUUGUUUUACUUUUGCUCUAGUUGUAAGAAAGCAAUAAUUACUGAUCAUUUCUCAGCAGAAAGAUCAUAAGCUUUGGAAAGUCUUAUAUUCUUUCUCAGUUUGCAAUGGCAGAGCAGCUCGUGUCCAUACUUGUUUUUCCUUUCAUGGCAGUUGUUAUCGCAAUAGCUGAAGGUGAAAGUUGUUCAAUAUCAUGCCUUCUUCACUGGGUACAAAUGUACUUAAACUUAAAAAGAAAAAACGAAUAUAAUGAAAAUAAUUUUUUGAAAAUUCUCAAUUGUGAGUACUACAGUGAACGCCAGCAGAGAGUUUGAAACCUGUCGUAAUGGACUGUCUGAUUCAAGAAAAUCUUCAUGUUUCCUCCAAUGAUAACUUUAAUAUUCUAUGAUUUUGUUCAUCUAAAACAUGAAAAAUGACUAUGUAGAAGGCUUAUUUUACACUUGUCUGUUUAUGGCACUCAAGAAGCCACCAUUAUCAACAUGCUCCACUUCGAGUCCAA